AACUCGGCAUCGGUAUAGAUGAAAAGGUAUAUAACAAAUCCGCCCUUCUCCGAUUCAAUACUCAAAACAGUCCUCUUCUCUUCACGCCAUUUCGCCAGCUCCGCCGCCACUGCCCCCUUAGACUUAGAAGAGGACAUCGGAGGAUUCACCGGAGCAUCUUUUGGCGGCAUAAUCCAAGACAAAGACCUUCUCAGGAAAACCCCCAAUGGCGGUCUCUACGUGCUGGACCUCAUCGAUAAUGGUGCAACGGACCCAAACGCCACUCUCUACAACCAACUCCUUAAACGCUGUACCCAGCUGGGGAGGCUGAAGGAAGGAAGGCUCGUCCAUGCCCAUGUCCUGAAUUCCAGUUAUCGUAACUAUGUUGCUGUGCAAAACUCGAUAAUUAAUAUGUAUGCGAAAUGUGGGUCGCCAGUUGAGGCGCGCAAGGUGUUUGAUGAAAUGGCUGAGAGGGAUAUGGUUUCUUGGACUGCCGUGAUUACUGGGUUUUCGCAGAACGAUAGAGCCCAGGAAGCGUUGGGUUUGUUUGUGGAGAUGUUGAGGGAUGGAUUCGUGCCGAAUCAAUUUACUUUGGGGAGUGUGUUGAAGGCGGCGACUGCUGUUGGGGAGAUGGAGGGCAGGCAAGUUCAUGCGGUUUGCUUAAAAAGCGGUCAUGGUGAUGAUGUGUAUGUUGGGAGUGCUCUUGUUGAUAUGUACGCGAAGUGUGGCCAAAUGGAAGAGGCAAAAGUGGUGUUUGACGGGUUGACGAGCAAGAAUGAGGUUUGUUGGAAUGCUUUGAUUGCAGGCCACGCUAGGAAGAGUGAGGCUGAGAUUGCAGUGAGGCUGUUUUCGGAGAUGAAGAAGGCAGGUUUUGAGGCCACGCAUUUCACGUAUUCUAGUGUUUUUGCAGCUUGUGCAAGUAUUGGAGCUUUGGAGCAGGGAAAAUGGGUACACGGGCAUUUGGUGAAAUCAGGGUUAAAGCUUAUAGCUUUUGUUGGGAAUACUCUUCUUGACAUGUAUGGGAAGGCCGGUAGCAUUGAGGAUGCCCACAAGGUUUUUGAUAGGCUGGUGAAACGCGAUGUGGUUUCAUGGAACUCAAUGCUUACUGCUUGUGCGCAACAUGGACUUGGAAGGGAAACUGUAGAAUGCUUUGAGGAAAUGCGUAGCAGGGGAAUUUUACCCAACGAAGUAACCUUCCUCUGUGUUCUAACUGCUUGCAGCCAUUCUGGGCUUUUAGAGGAAGGACUAUACUACUUUGAAUUGAUGAAGAAAUUGAAAUUAGAACCGGAUAUCUCACAUUACGUGACAAUGGUUGAUUUGCUUGGUCGUGCUGGUCAACUUGGCCAUGCUGAAAAGUUCAUAAAGGAAAUGCCAAUCAAACCCACAGCAGCAAUCUGGAAAGCGCUGCUUGGAGCUUGCAGAAUGCAUAAGAACAUAGAUUUGGGUGCUUAUGCUGCAGAGCGAGUUUUUGAACUUGAUCCAUAUGAUUCUGGACCUCACAUAUUGCUGUCUAACAUCUAUGCCUCUGCUGGUAGAUUGAGGGAUGCUGCGAAUGUGAGAAAAAUGAUGAAUGACAGUGGCAUAAAAAAGGAACCUGCAUGUAGUUGGUUAGAGAUUGAGAAUAAUGUCCAUAUGUUUGUGGCAAAUGAUGAUUCCCACCCACAGAGAAAUGAGGUUCGUAGGAUGUGGGAGAAGAUUGCUGAUAAAAUUAGAGAAAUUGGGUAUGUCCCGGACACUAGUCAUGUGCUUUGGUACGUGGACCAACAGGAGAGGGAAGUGAGGUUGCAGUGCCAUAGUGAAAAGCUUGCUCUAGCAUUUGCUCUCCUCAAUACACGUCAUGGGUCCACCAUUCGCAUCAAGAAAAACAUUAGAGUAUGUGGUGAUUGCCAUACAGCAUUCAAGUUUGUGUCACAGCUGGUGGGCAGAGAAAUCAUUUUGAGAGAUACUAACCGAUUUCAUCAUUUUCGUGGUGGCUCUUGUUCUUGUGGAGACUACUGGUAAUGGUUGAGUUGAUGCCUGGCAUUCCACAGAUUAUUCAGUCAGGAAGAGUUUAUCACGAUUAAGCUGGGAACUGAGGUCUUAAUGGAGCAAAACAGCAGUUCAUUCCACAUUUCCACCUGCAUCUUGUAUGAAUUAUUAGAUUUCUUAAGAUUUGUUGACACAUAAUCCAAGUGAAUAUAGCAAUGCUUGAAACACACAGAGGUGUUUCUUAUACUUUUGUGGGAUUAGAUCUUCAUUCGCUCCGCUAAAUAAUUUUAGUUGCAAUAGCAACAAAGGACAUUUUUGUUUAGGCGAAGUGUGACUACUUGGUCCAGAGAGCAGUUCAUUCCACAUUUCCACCUGCAUCUCAUAUGAGUUAUUAGAUUUCUUAAGAUUUGUUGACGCAUAAUCCAAGUCAGUCUAAGGUCGGUGUUCACACAUUCAAAGUUAAUGAUGUAUUCCUCCCAUCACGUGUGCAGGUAGCAAUGCUUGAAACACAACAGAGGUGUUUCUUAUACUUUUGUGGGAUUAGAUCUUCAUUUGCUCAGAUACGCAAUUCUAGUUGCUAUAGCAACAAAGGACUUUUGUGUUUAGGCGAAGUGUGAAUUCUUGGUCCAGACUCCAGAGGAUUGUAACUCAAGAUAAUGAGAAAGAGAGCACACAAUGAUGGACAUGAUCAAGCAGUCCAAAACCCUUCAGAAUUAUGUUUGAUGAACAAGAAGGAUCAUUACCCUAAGACAUUGAACCUGAUGAAAAGUGCUGCUAGCAGCUUUCAUGGAGACGGUGUUGGUGCAGCUUUAUCCUUAAAACCCAACAGCCUCUGCAGACUGCCGUUUCCUUGCUCUAUGCACCAGGAGUUUGUCAAUCGAAUGGAGAAGAUGAGAAAGACACAGAUACAUGUAGACCUUAUUUUUGAUUUUUGAAAGUUCCCCUGUAUGCCAAUCCUUUAUAAAAAGUAGCAACCCACUUUGCCUUGUACGUGUAUUAUUUGUUCAUCAUCGUUAGUUCCUAUACUGAAAGCAAAUUAUUAUGGGACCUGUUAAAUGACUAGUUAAGAAGUUGA